CUCCAAGUCUCUUGAGGCUUCAGAAUGCCGGAACCAGCGAAGUCCGCGCCCGCCCCGAAGAAGGGCUCCAAGAAGGCGGUGACCAAGGCGCAGAAGAAAGACGGCAAGAAGCGCAAGCGCAGCCGCAAGGAGAGCUACUCGGUGUACGUGUACAAGGUGCUCAAGCAGGUGCACCCCGACACCGGCAUCUCGUCCAAGGCCAUGGGCAUCAUGAACUCGUUCGUCAACGACAUCUUCGAGCGCAUCGCGGGCGAGGCGUCGCGCCUGGCGCAUUACAACAAGCGCUCGACCAUCACGUCGCGCGAGAUCCAGACGGCCGUGCGCCUGCUGCUGCCCGGCGAGCUGGCCAAGCACGCCGUGUCCGAGGGCACCAAGGCCGUCACCAAGUACACCAGCUCCAAGUAGACGCGCGAGCCCGCGGCCUCACUCCUGACCCAAAGGCUCUUUUCAGAGCCACCCACAUUUUCCGAAGAGCGCUGUAGGCAGAAUCUUGAAAAACUGCGUGAUCUAGUUGGGGCAAAGCUCUGAGAGUUGGUUAAAACAGGUCCUACAGGUCCAACCACAAACGUGCUGUGGGCUGGGAGAUGGGGCCCGCCCUUAUGUACGUGUGAUCCUUGCUCCCGGCCAAGACUUAAGCGCAAAGUAACUCACUUUUCCAAAUCUAGCAUGCGGUCUCCCCACCUUGGGUUAAGUGGUGCUUUCUGUUAGGAACAUGGGGGGUGUCCGGCUGGUGUAGUUCAGUGGA